GAAAUUAGAUUUUUGUUUAUCCAUCUACGGUCCAGAGUUGCUUAGAACACCUCUGUCUUUGUCUUUAAACUUGUGUGGUCUUAAUAAUAAUAGUUCUUCAUCACUUGCCAGAAACAGAGAAGACAAAAAAUAAAAAUAAAAAAACGACGAUCAACAAUGGCGGUAGCGCAGCUUCGAUUUGGUCCGGUGGCGCUGCUGGUGGUGCUGUCGGCAUUGGCAGUAACACCGUUGUAUAACUAUCCUGUCGCCGGCGCCAUAGAGCCAGCUGCUAAACAAAUUAGCACCAAUACUCCUCAGUGUUCCGGUUCCCAAAAGCUUGCUGUGUUCGGAGAUGGAGACUGCAGCCCGAAACCUAUCACCGUGCCGGUGACGGCCAGUAGUUCAACUAAUCCGCCUCCGAGGCCCCUCUACGUCGUCGCCCCGACCCGGCCCGGAAAUUACCCUGUCUUCCUCUUCGCCCAUGGCACCUUCAUCAGCAACAACCUCUACUCCGGCCUCCUUUCCCACAUUUCUUCCCACGGCUACAUAGUCGUCGCCCCGCAGCUGUUCGAUUCAAUUCUGUCUCUGCCGUGCGAGCUGGAGGAGAUCGAGUACCUGGAGCAAGUCACAAACUGGAUGCCCUCCGCCACCGCCCUACCUUCCCACCUCCCGCCCGGCGUCCUCCCCGACUUCGACAAGCUCGCCGUCGGAGGCCACAGCCGCGGCGGCAAAUCCGCCUUCGCCCUCGCCCUCGGACUCUGCACCAAACCCUUGAAACUGACCAUAUCAGCCGUGGUCGGGGUCGACCCAGUAGCCGGGGUCAGCAAAAAUUCCCGCACCGACCCAGUAAUCCUCACCUACGAACCCGAAUCCCUCAACCUCUCGGUCCCCGUGGCGGUCAUCGGGAGCGGGCUGGGUAACCAGUCGGAGGUGAUCGAUCUGCCCGCCUGCGCGCCCAACUGGGUCAACCACGCCGAAUUCUACAGCGAGUGCAUGGCUCCCAAAAGCCACCUGGUCGCAGACGAUUACGGCCACAUGGACGUGGUCGAUGACGUCAGCUGGUUCGAACGUGACUUUAAGGGGAUGUUUGAUUUUGCGCUGACCAAGCUGAUGUGUAAAGGGGCGAGCGGGCUGUUUAGCUCGCGGGAGAAGAUGAGGAAGGGCGUUGGUGGGAUCGUGGUGGCGUUUUUGGAUGCUUACUUGGGAGGUGGUGGGAGCGAUGAUUAUCUGGCCAUUUUGGAGUCUCCGCUGGAGGUGGAUUCGCCGGUCAAGCUUACGGUUGGGUAUAAGCUGGAGAAAGGGACGGCCGCAGCCGGAGAUAUUUGA